UUUUAUUAUUUAGAUCUAGAUCUGGAAACAUGGCGACGUCGAGUGCAACUGCGAAAGCACUAUCAAAAGAACAAAUAGUUGCCGGAUUUAAUGAAUUACGGCAACAGCAACGAAUGCUGGCAUCUAGAAUAUCUGAGAUUGAGAUGGACAUGAAAGAACAUGAUUUGGUGAUUGAAGUAUUGAAAGGUGUUGAUGCAAGUCGCAAAUGUUUCAGAAUGAUAGGUGGAGUUCUUGUGGAAAGAACUGUUGGUGUUGUUUUACCAGGUCUAAUUUCUAAUCGAGAAAAGAUGAAGGAGUACACUGAAUCAAUACGCAGCAGUUUAGAAGCUAAAGGUAAAGAGCUCAAUCAGUUCAGGGAAACUCAUGGGAUUCAAUUCAAAGCUGAUGACAGUAAAGAAGAAAAAAGAUCAGAUUCAUCUCAGAAACCUGGUGAUCGACAAGCAAACAUCUUAGCCAAUGUGUAGCAUUGAUAUUUUAUUAGAAUUUUUAUUUCUUAUGUUUGUCUCUUUUUUUUUUUUCAAAGCAAAAACUGUUGCUUUUAUUUUAAGCAUAUGAAUGUUAUAGUGAGUUUUAUUUUAAGGCAGAAACACUUUUUUUUUCAAUGACUUAUAGAUUUAAAAAAAAGAAUUGACUUAAAUAAAAAAAAAUGUUUGUUAAAUUUUUAUUUCUUUUAGCGCUUAAGAUCUGCCCAUAUUAGAAGACUAUAGAGUAUUUUGAUCCCUAAAUAGCCUCCUCUGCUCAAAUUAGGUAACUAGAAGUAAGCAGUACAUCUCAGAUGAAAGUCUAAUAUGUCAAAACAUUGAUGAUGUGUGUUGUGAUACAUGCUAGUGUAAGAUAUGUGUGUUACUGUUUGGUGACAUUUUAACAAGUGUUUUUAUGUAUGAGACAAGUGUGUGUGUGUGUGUUUUGCUUUUUUCAGUGAACUUUUUAAUGUUUAUAUUUGUAUGAUUUAAUAAAAUUGUUUCUAUUAAUAUUA